UAAUGCAGCUGUCGUUUGUGACUUGUUUACGAUGCCAGUUUUAUGUUGGAAGUCGAUCGUAUAAAUACGGUGGGAGACUUCGGUGUGUUUACAGCGCCAACAUGAAACUUCUCGUCUUCUUCGCAUUCGCGACAGUCGUCACUCUGCUGGUUGUCGAAGCCGUACCAGCAGAACCAACAGACAGUUUAUUGGCGCAGCCGCAGCACGUCCCCCGCCUGGGAAGAUGCACUCCAUUGCAAUGCGCCAUGCGGUGUGGUAAUGAAUGUUUUGCAAGGUCGAAUUGCUUCGCCCCUUGCCAGCGCAAGUGCGAGAUGGAACCCAACGGGUGCUAGAGAUAAGCACCAAGUCUACGCGGAAGAACCAUGCAGAUUGAACUGACCCAAAUACGUCUGAAAGAACUUAAUUUGUUAUUGCUGAUAACUUCCAUUCCUUCCUGCACGCAACUCAGCACAGCUAAGAAAGCGGUUACUUAAUGGUUCUCCGUUUUUCCUAGAAGUCUUAUUUGGACGUAGUUUGGUUAGCGUGCUCAAGUCACCGCCUGAAUAAAAAAAAAUGUUUCCUUGU